AUGUUUAGAUUAGCAAGAUUUAGCUUGAAAAAGAAUCUUCGAAGAUUUUCAACGGGGAUUAAUCGACGUAUCGAAGAUGAAGGUGACUGGUUUUACUCCUCGGAGUGGUGGCGCAGCGAUUCUUCAAAUGGCAACACUGUUUUCCGUGGAGUUUCUGAUAAGGGAAAUGGCGUCGUUACUGUCUUAGCUCACCCUUCUUCCAAACCGGACAAAAGAUACUGGGCUAGAACAGAAAACUGGCUUGAACAGAGGUAUGCAGAGAUCCAUCCAGGACAUAAAGCCAAUGGAAAAUUCAGAAUUGGUGGUUAUCAAUGGCGUACACUUCACUUUAAUGACGAAACCCGACAAAGCACAGUCAAAGUAAUGACUGCAUAUAGGGAAGAAGAACCUGGUGUUGUAUGCUUUAUGCAGCAACCGCAUUGUCUGGCUGUACCAUAUGUGAAGAGCAUGAUAUCUGCUGGAUUGACGACUAUCGCAUCAUGUGAUUAUGAUCUCAAGAACGCAAUACUUGGGAAGAAAAAAAUGAAUGUUUUGUGCGUAGGUCAUGGUGGAGGUAGCAUACCAUUGUUUCUGGCUAGUAAAAUCCGAGGUGCUGUAGUGGACAUAGUUGAAAUUGACCCCAUUGUAAUCUCAGCCUCAAUUAAAACAAUGGGGUUCCCAUCUUUCUCAAUUAUGACCCCAUCUGGCAAGCGUGCAAGCCUGAAACCAAGCCAUACUGAUGAAAUUCUGUGGAAAGGCAUCCAUGAGAGACUACUCUUGUACGAAUCAGAUGCUGAAAAGUUCAUUUUGGAGAGCACCAAUCAAUAUGACAUUGUUUUCAUUGAUGCAUACGAUGGUGAUGACAUCUUUCCACACAAGCUAUGGGACCCUCAUUCUCCAUUUCUCAAAACUCUAGGUAGCCGUCUUCAUCCAGAUCACGGAACAGUUAUUGUUAACCUGCAUUCGGAUGUUGACCUUAACAUUGAUGCGUUUAAUCCAUUUGAUCUCCAUGUUCUACCGAAGGGGAAGUAUGUUUCUCAAGUAUGCAGGGCAUACAAGGCUGCUUUAUUAGAGAAUAGAAAUUCUGAUAAUGGCUUUGCAUACACGAUUUCAGUUCCAUGGGUGUGUAAUACGUCUCUUGUUGUAUGUAGAGGUUUGAGCAAAUCUGAUGGCAUAGCAGACCGGGAUAUGAUUUUUAAUGCCCUUAUAUCCAACUCCUUUGAAGUUGAGAAACUUGUAGAUUUGCCAUUCUCAUGUUUGCAGUAUAUAAAGAGAGGUUUUACUCCUGUGGAUUAA